AUGAAGGCAAACCCUCUAACCAUCUUAAACUUCCCUCUACUGUCGAUAAUUGCCACCUCGCGUCGGUGCUCUGUCACUGGAUUCCUAGAAAACUUGUUGAUGGAGCUGCCACUGAACGACCCCGCUGUGAAACCGAAUGGAGUCGCUGAUUGCUUGCUUAUGGUUACGUUUGAAUCUGUUGACAAAUCUAAAAGGAAGCUGGAGAGAGAGAGAGAGAGAGAUUUCAAACUUUCGAAAGAGGAAGAAGAUUUUCGUCGCAAUCCACCAUCUAGUCUUCGCCGUCAAUCUCCGUCGUCUGGUCUUCACAUUCGCCCGUCGCCCCUUGCUGAGAAUGGUUACCACUCGAUUCAAGAAGUAUUCAUCUGGUAUCUCCUCCUCCAAAGACCCUUCGGCUUCUGCAGUUCAGAAGCAAUGGAUCCCACAGCUUCGAAGUUGACAACUUCCUCGAAAGGGAAACGGUACAAAGGAAUUUCGACUAAGCAUCCGUAUAAGAAGCCAGUUACAGUUAAGGAAGAAGUUCUUGAGUUCUCCUCACCCCAGAGUGCUCGUCCUUCUGUAUCUUCGUCAGUUCCAAAGUCAUCCUCGAGGCCUAAAUUGAGGGUUUCUGUGGAAACUGUGGUAUUAGACUCUGACUCAUCAGACAGUGACGACAAUGUGAUCCUAUCUACUCUUCUUCACCGUACAAGAAGCGCAUGUAGCAAUCAAACUACCUCUCCUGCAAAACCUCAGGCAAGUGGUGGUGUGUCUCCUAAGGUAGCGUCGCCUCAACCUAGUGAGCAUACUAAGUACUCCGGCACUCCAUCAUCCCAGGCCUCUCCCAAGACGGCUCCGCCCUGUGAAGUGGAUGAUGAGGAUGAUGAUUCUGAUGAUGAAGACUAUGCUCCAGGGAUGGAAGAAAAGACAGAGGCGGAAGCCACGUCCACAUCGACUGAAAACCAGAGUGCAUCGCUUGAAAAGGAUCCAUCUGAUCACCGAUCAACUGAAGAACCGGAACUGAUACGCAAUGCCAGACUUCUUCGUACUGUCUCUGAGGUUGGUCCGUUUUAUCCGCGACUCAUAAGGGAGCUGAUUGUGAAUUUACCCUCAGACUUCAAUGAUCCAAGUGCCGACGAGUAUCAAAAGGUACAUAUUCGUGGUGUGUGCUUCAACGUGUCUCCUGAGCUUUUGAACUCUUAUCUGGGUAUCAUUCUGCCUGCUGACUAUGCGGUUUCAUAUCCCACUCCUGAACGACUAGCUAAGGAACUUACCGGUGGAACAGUCCCAGUAUGGCUAGUUGAUGGGCAGUUACCAAUUGCCUCCCUGACGGUUAAGUAUUCAAUUCUUCAUCGAAUUGGGAUCACUAAUUGGAUUCUGUCUAUGCAUGCCUCCACUAUUUCGACAUCGCUGGGUCACUUUGUCUACCUUGUGGGCAUUGGGGUAAAAGUGAACGUUGGAGAAUUCAUCUUCAAUCAUCUUCUGCGGCAUGUCGAUACAUUUGCCAUCCACAUUCUAAUAUGCUUCCCGCGAAUUUUGAGUGGCUUUAUUCUGGCUCAGCAGUCGACCAUUCUGACUCCUCUGGAUAUUGUAGGUUCAGCACCUCGGGUUAUACCACUUAGUAUGCGCCUGUUUCAAGGGGCUCACUUUCCUGAUGUUGCUGCUGAGUUUGACAAUGCUCCAGGCAAAACCAGUACUCUCUCUGUGUCACUUGCCAAUCGGCUGCUGCAAGCUCUUAUUGCUGAAUCUCGUGCUCUGACCCGUCAAAUAAGUGAAUUAACCGAUUGCUGCACUGUAUUAGAUGCUGUCAUCCGUGACCUUCGACGUGCAGCUUCUGGAACUACCCCUCUUCCGUCUGAUUAA